AGAAAGAGUGAAGAAGAAAAAGAAGAAGGAGAAGGAUUAAUAAAAAGGGAUUCUUUCUUGCUUUCCGGCAUUUCCUUCCUAUCGACUAGCACUACUUUCUCUUACUUUCCACUCCGUCUAUAUAAAUAUAUAUAUUUCAUCGUCCCGCUGUCUCGCCUGGUCGAGGCCCACAAAAAGCCGCCAAAAUUAAGUUCUCAAAGCAAAAUCCGCAUCACGCAUACCGUCACACGGACAACAUCUACGACGGUGGCACCGACACCGACGACGACGAAUGUCCAUUGGAGUCGACCACAAUGAAUCCCUAUGAGUACGAGUCCACAUUGGAUUGUCGGGACGCGGGCGGUGGUCCCGGCCACAUCCCGGGCACAUUACCCAUGACGGGCCGUCAACUGAGUGGCGGCGGAGGUCCUUCAGGUGCCUCCACCUUGCACUUGCAUAGCAGCAGUCAACAAACGUUGCAGCAUCAAAACCAACAGAAUUUGCAAGCCGCCGCAGCGGCAGCGGCGGCAGCAGCUCAGGCUCAGUCAUCGCACUAUGAUUAUGAGUAUCAACAUUUGCCACAUCGUCCACCGGAUACAACAACAACAACAGCAGCAGCAGCAUCAGCAGCAGCAACAACACAACGCACACACGGCAGACAAGGCUUCCUCCUGGAAGGAGUCACGCCAACGGCCCCGCCGGAUGUACCGCCGCGUAAUCCGACAAUGAGUCGCAUGCAAAAUGGUCGUUUAACUGUUAACAAUCCAAAUGAUGUUGACUUUGAGCCAUCUUGUUUGGUGCGAACGCCAUCGGGCAACGUUUACAUUCCUAGUGGAAAUCUAAACAUCAACAAGGGCUCACCCAUCGAUUUCAAGAGCGGCUCAGCCUGUUCCACACCCACAAAAGACACACUGAAGGGCGGUUACGAGCGCACCGCACAAGGUUGCAUGGGUCCGGUGUUGCCACCGCGCAGCGCCAUGAACGGUUUGCCCACGCAUCAUUACUCAGCGCCGAUGAACUUUCGCAAGGAUCUGGCCGCACGCUGUUCGGCCCAUUGCGUUAGUAUCGGCGCCAUUGCGGCAUUGGUAGUGCUCUGCCUACUUUUGAUCCUGUUGACUGGCACCGGUGUCCUCCAUUGGUCCCAGUCGGCGCCAUGUACAGUUCUAGUCGGCAACGAGGCCUCUGAAGUGACAGCGGCCAAGAGCACAAAUACGGAUCUAUCGAAGCUACACAACUCAUCGGUACGAGCGAAAAAUGGACAAGGUUUAAUGGCAACUGGAACAUCGAGUGGAUCGGGCGGCGCAGGCGGAGGUGCUGGUGGUGGAAGUGGUUCUGGUGCAACAGCCACUGUGACAACGGCCACAUCGAACAGCGGGCAAGCGCAGGGUCUACAAUCGACAUCGGCCUCGGCGGAGGCUACCUCUUCGGCAGCCACAUCGUCAUCGCAAUCCUCGUUGACUCCAUCGUCAUCGCUCUCUUCGUCCUUGGCGAAUGCCAAUAAUGGAGGAUGGAACAGAGCAAUGUCAACGCAGCUGUCAGUCAAAGACAACAACAAACGUCAACGACGAAGUUUAAUCGAGAUGGAUAGGGGGCAGGGGGAGAGACAAGGAGGACAGGUUGGAGAAACUUUCAGCGACUUAAUUACAAGUGAAAAUCCAAAAGAGUCUGUGUCUAUGGAAAGUGGAAAGAAGCAAAGUAAUUACGAUAAAACUUUGCUUAAAAUCGAUAGCAUAUUGGAUAAAACCAAUGACUUUGACUAUGAAGAUGAUGACUAUAAUGAUGAUGAUGAUGAUAAUAAUAAUGAUGAUGUUGCUGUUGGCAAGGUAAAAGAGAUGCAGCCCAAGAGUAGGCAACAAUUUGGCAAAUCAUUAAACGGCAAUUUACGCAAGGCAAGUAAAACGGUGGUCAAAGCAAGGACCAAGGAUGAUGAACAGAAGUUGGCAGCAAGAAUAGACAAGGAGGCGGCCAAAGGAAAGGAGCUGAAGGCCAGCACAUUUGUUGCUGUUAUUGAUGAUGAUAAUCAAACUGACAAGAGCAGCUUAAGCUCAAUGUUCUCAACGACGACAACGAAGACAACGAAGACUACGACAGCAGCGGCGAUAACUUCAAUGAGCGACAACCAGGAUGACAUUGUUGAAAUCAACACCGAGACAUACUCGUCGCAUUCGCCCCUGAUUGUUAUUGAAAAUGAUUUUGAAAUCAAAGGAGCAGACGAGCAGCGACAAAAGGAACAGAAACAGCAGAGGAAGAAGCAGCAGCAGCAACAGCAGGAUGAUAACAAUAAUGAGAGUGAUUUAGCUGACAACUAUGAGAUGCAUAAGGAUGAGAUACAGGAGCAAGGUUUUCGAAUAAAUCAAACUGAUACCUCCUCCUCCUCAUCAUCAUCCACCUCUACUUCUACCACAUCCUCGGCGGAUUUGAUGCUGAAUGAUAGCAAUGGAUUGCCGUUCGAUGAUAUUAAUAUAGUUAAAUUGGACAAAGCUUUAAAUUCGAAUGAUGUUGAGAUUUACAAUACCGACAACAAUGAGCAGGAAAAGGAUACUAAAUUGAAAAUACCUUCGGCUACUAAUAUAGCUGCUGCCAGUGAGAAUGAAGUACUCAAAGACCACGAAUUAGACAACGAGAUACCCUUGCAUCUGACUCCUCUGAAACCGUAUGUGAGUGAACGCUUCGAUAAGCCCAGUAAGCGGAUAUUGGUUAAUUUGACCAUUGCCACAGAUGAUGGCAGCGAUUCCAUUUACACCUUACACGUGGCUGUGCCCACAGGCGGUGGCUCACACAAUCUCGAGCAGGUUUUGACUCAUGAGAAGAAAUCGGAUUUGAUAAAGAGCCAGCAGCAGAUUGAUAGCUGCAUCCCAGAGCCACCGCCUCGUAUGCCCGAUUGUCCUUGUAGCUGUUUGCCACCGAAUCCACCCACAUAUAUCCAUGUUGAUGACGAAGAUGAUAGCCACGUUGACAUUGCCUCUACCACGAUAACAACGCCCAGCCAUAUAGAGAUGGCCACCAUUUUGAAUCAUCAUCAUGAUGAUGAUGAUGAUGAUGAAGAUGUUGCAGAUAGUGUGAUUGGGAAUGAGAAUGGAUUGGAGUUGGUGACUUCUACUAACAAAACUACUACUAGCACCACUGAAUACGAUAACCGCAUUGCUGAUGCUUCUUCAUUUACUGAACCGAAUGUUGGUCUGGGUCUCGAUGGGGAUAAGUUUGCAUGCCCCGAUGUAAUGCCUAUACUCAUACUAGAAGGUGCUCGCACAUUCCCGGCUCGUAGUUUCCCACCAGAUGGCACAACAUUUGGUCAGAUAACAUUGGGCCAGAAACUGACCAAGGAGAUACAACCGUAUAGCUAUUGGAAUAUGCAAUUCUAUCAAUCGGAACCGGCCUACGUUAAAUUUGAUUAUACCAUACCGCGCGGCGCCUCAAUCGGUGUCUAUGGACGACGCAAUGCUUUGCCCACUCAUACGCAAUAUCAUUUUAAAGAGGUUCUAAGUGGUUUUAGCGCUAGCACACGCACUGCUCGAGCGGCACAUCUGUCAAUAACGCGGGAGGUAACACGCUAUAUGGAGCCUGGACAUUGGUUUGUCUCGCUCUACAACGAUGAUGGGGACGUACAGGAGUUGACCUUCUAUGCGGCCAUUGCUGAGGAUAUGACACAGAAUUGUCCGAAUGGUUGUUCGGGCAAUGGCCAGUGCCUCUUGGGGCAUUGCCAAUGUAACCCCGGUUUCGGUGGCGACGAUUGCAGCGAGAGCGUUUGCCCCGUUCUAUGCUCACAGCAUGGCGAGUACAUUAACGGCGAGUGCAUCUGCAAUCCCGGCUGGAAGGGCAAGGAGUGCUCCCUGCGGCAUGAUGAAUGCGAGGUGGCUGAUUGCAAUGGUCAUGGCCAUUGUGUCAGUGGCAAGUGUCAAUGCAUGCGCGGCUACAAGGGCAAAUUCUGUGAAGAAGUGGACUGCCCCCAUCCGAAUUGUUCGGGACAUGGCUUCUGCGCUGAUGGCACUUGCAUAUGCAAAAAGGGUUGGAAGGGCACAGACUGUGCCACCAUGGAUCAGGAUGCUCUGCAAUGUUUGCCCGACUGUUCGGGUCAUGGCACUUUCGAUUUGGACACUCAGACCUGCACCUGCGAGGCGAAAUGGAGUGGCGAUGAUUGCUCCAAGGAGCUCUGCGAUUUGGACUGCGGCCAGCACGGUCGUUGCGAGGGCGACGCUUGCGCCUGUGAUCCCGAAUGGGGUGGCGAAUAUUGUAACACCAAGCUGUGCGAUUCACGCUGCAACGAGCAUGGCCAAUGCAAGAACGGCACUUGCCUCUGUGUGACCGGAUGGAAUGGCAAACACUGCACAAUCGAGGGAUGUCCCAAUAGUUGUGCCGGGCACGGUCAAUGUCGGGUCAGCGGCGAGGGACAGUGGGAAUGCCGUUGCUACGAGGGUUGGGAUGGCACCGAUUGUGGCAUAGCUCUCGAAUUGAAUUGUGGCGACAGCAAGGACAAUGACAAGGAUGGCCUAGUUGACUGCGAGGAUCCCGAAUGCUGUGCCAGUCAUGUGUGCAAGACCUCCCAGCUGUGUGUGUCGGCUCCCAAGCCCAUCGAUGUGCUGUUGCGUAAGCAGCCACCAGCCAUCACUGCCUCGUUCUUUGAACGCAUGAAGUUCUUGAUCGAUGAGAGCAGUCUACAGAACUACGCCAAACUCGAGACCUUCAAUGAGAGCAUUUUUUGGAAUUAUUUCAAUGCAAGCCGUUCGGCAGUUAUACGGGGUCGAGUGGUCACCUCGCUGGGCAUGGGCCUGGUGGGUGUCCGCGUAUCGACAACAACUCUCCUGGAAGGCUUCACCCUGACCCGCGACGACGGAUGGUUCGAUCUUAUGGUCAAUGGCGGCGGCGCUGUCACUCUACAAUUUGGUCGUGCCCCCUUCAGGCCACAAUCGCGCAUCGUUCAGGUGCCCUGGAACGAGGUUGUCAUCAUCGAUGUCGUCGUAAUGAGCAUGUCCGAGGAGAAGGGUCUGGCUGUGACAACAACCCACACUUGCUUCUCCCAUGACUAUGAUCUGAUGAAGCCGGUGGUUCUGGCCUCAUGGAAACACGGCUUCCAGGGUGCAUGUCCCGAUCGCAGUGCCAUUCUGGCCGAAUCGCAGGUGGUGCAGGAAUCCCUGCAAAUACCCGGCACGGGUCUGAAUCUGGUCUAUCAUUCGUCUCGCGCCGCUGGCUAUUUGUCAACGAUUAAGCUGCAACUGACCCCGGAUAGCAUUCCCAGUUCGUUGCAUCUGAUACACUUGCGCAUCACCAUCGAGGGCAUUCUGUUUGAACGGGUCUUCGAGGCUGAUCCUGGCAUCAAAUUCACCUACGCAUGGAAUCGUUUGAACAUCUACCGACAGAGAGUGUAUGGAGUGACCACAGCAGUGGUUAAAGUGGGUUAUCAGUACACCGAUUGCAAGGACAUCGUCUGGGAUAUACAGACGACCAAGUUAAGUGGUCACGACAUGUCCAUCUCCGAGGUGGGCGGUUGGAAUCUGGAUAUACAUCAUCGCUACAACUUCCACGAGGGCAUUUUGCAGAAGGGCGAUGGCUCGAACAUCUAUUUGAGAAACAAACCGAGAAUCAUUCUGACCACCAUGGGCGAUGGACACCAGCGGCCGUUGGAAUGCCUCGACUGCGAUGGCCUGGCAAUGAAGCAACGUCUCCUGGCCCCCGUCGCCUUGGCAGCAGCACCCGAUGGCAGUCUCUUUGUGGGUGACUUCAACUACAUUCGCCGCAUCAUGACCGAUGGCAGCAUUCGCACUGUGGUUAAACUGAAUGCCACCCGUGUCUCGUAUCGCUAUCAUAUGGCACUCAGCCCUCUGGAUGGCACCCUUUAUGUAUCCGAUCCGGAAUCCCAUCAGAUCAUUCGAGUCCGUGACACCAACGACUAUUCGCAACCCGAGAAGAACUGGGAAGCCAUUGUCGGUUCGGGUGAACGUUGCCUGCCCGGCGAUGAGGCUCACUGCGGUGACGGAGCUCUGGCCAAGGAUGCCAAGCUGGCCUAUCCCAAGGGUAUUGCCAUAUCGAGUGAUAACAUUUUGUACUUCGCCGAUGGCACAAACAUUCGCAUGGUCGAUCGGGACAACAUUGUCAGCACUCUGAUUGGCAAUCACAUGCACAAGUCCCACUGGAAGCCCAUUCCCUGCGAGGGCACCCUGAAACUGGAGGAGAUGCAUCUGCGUUGGCCCACCGAAUUGGCUGUCUCGCCCAUGGACAAUACCCUGCACAUUAUCGAUGACCACAUGAUCCUUCGCAUGACCCCAGACGGACGAGUGCGCGUCAUUUCGGGACGCCCUCUGCACUGUGCCACUGCCUCGACGGCCUAUGACACCGACUUGGCCACUCAUGCCACGUUGGUGAUGCCCCAAUCGAUUGCCUUUGGACCUCUGGGUGAACUCUUUGUGGCCGAGAGUGAUUCGCAGAGGAUAAAUCGCGUGCGAGUGAUUGGCACGGAUGGACGAAUUGCCGCCUUUGCUGGAGCCGAGUCGAAAUGCAACUGCUUGGAGCGAGGCUGCGACUGCUUCGAGGCGGAACACUAUUUGGCCACCAGUGCCAAGUUCAAUACCAUUGCUGCUUUGGCCGUUACACCCGAUGGACAUGUGCAUAUAGCCGAUCAGGCCAACUAUCGCAUACGUUCGGUCAUGUCGAGCAUACCGGAGGCCAGUCCAUCGCGCGAAUACGAGAUCUAUGCCCCGGACAUGCAAGAGAUUUACAUCUUCAAUCGCUUUGGCCAGCAUGUGUCCACCAAGAACAUUCUGACGGGCGAGACCACCUACACGUUUACCUACAAUGUGAACACCUCCAAUGGCAAACUGAGCACGGUGACCGACGCGGCCGGCAACAAGGUGUUCCUGCUGCGUGAUUACACCUCGCAGGUCAACUCGAUUGAGAAUACCAAGGGACAGAAGUGCCGCUUGCGCAUGACUCGCAUGAAAAUGCUCCACGAAUUGAGUACCCCCGAUAAUUAUAACGUGACCUACGAAUAUCAUGGACCUACGGGCUUGCUGAAGACCAAAUUGGACUCCACCGGACGUUCCUAUGUCUACAACUAUGAUGAAUUCGGUCGUCUGACCUCGGCUGUUACACCAACUGGACGAGUCAUUGAAUUGAGCUUCGAUCUGAGUGUGAAGGGAGCCCAGGUGAAAGUGUCGGAGAACGCCCAGAAGGAGCUGUCCAUGCUGAUCCAGGGAGCCACGGUCAUAGUGCGCAAUGGUGCCGCCGAGUCGCGUACAACUGUCGACAUGGACGGAUCGACCACAAGCAUCACCCCAUGGGGCCACAAUCUGCAAAUGGAAGUGGUUCCCUACACCAUUCUGGCGGAGCAGAGUCCAUUGUUGGGUGAAAGUUAUCCAGUGCCGGCGAAACAACGCACCGAGAUUGCCGGAGAUUUGGCCAAUCGUUUUGAGUGGCGUUUCUUUGUACGUCGCCAGCAGCCACCGCAGAAGGGACAACAAAACAAGGGGGCACCACGCCCAGUAACCGAAGUGGGCCGCAAGCUGCGAGUGAAUGGCGACAAUGUCCUGACCCUGGAGUAUGACCGAGAGACACAAUCGGUUGUGGUGAUGGUCGACGAUAAGCAAGAACUUCUGAAUGUCACCUACGAUCGCACCUCUCGUCCUGUUAGCUUCAGACCCCAGUCGGGUGACUAUGCCGAUGUUGAUUUGGAAUACGAUCGGUUCGGUCGUUUGGUUAGCUGGAAGUGGGGAGUCCUGCAAGAGGCCUACUCCUUCGAUCGCAAUGGACGUCUGAAUGAGAUCAAAUAUGGAGAUGGUUCCACCAUGGUCUAUGCCUUUAAGGAUAUGUUUGGCUCGCUGCCUCUGAAGGUGACCACGCCCAGACGCUCGGACUACUUGCUGCAAUACGAUGAUGCUGGAGCCCUACAAAGCUUGACCACACCGCGGGGACACAUACACUCGUUCUCGCUGCAAACAUCUCUGGGCUUCUUCAAAUAUCAGUACUACUCGCCCAUCAACCGUCAUCCCUUCGAGAUUCUGUACAAUGACGAGGGACAAAUACUGGCCAAGAUACAUCCACAUCAGUCGGGCAAAGUGGCCUUUGUCCACGAUGCUUCUGGACGUCUGGAGACCAUAUUGGCUGGCCUAUCGAGCACUCAUUACACCUACCAGGACACAACGAGCCUAGUGAAGUCGGUGGAAGUCCAAGAGCCAGGCUUUGAGUUGAGACGCGAGUUCAAAUAUCAUGCUGGUAUCCUUAAGGAUGAGAAAUUGAGAUUCGGUUCGAAGAACUCGCUCGCCUCGGCCCACUACAAGUAUGCCUACGAUGGCAAUGCCCGCUUGAGCGGCAUUGAGAUGGCCAUCGAUGACAAGGAGUUGCCCACGACGCGUUACAAGUACAGCCAGAAUUUGGGUCAACUGGAGGUGGUGCAGGAUCUGAAGAUAACCCGCAAUGCCUUCAAUCGCACUGUGAUCCAGGACUCGGCGAAACAGUUCUUCACCAUUGUCGACUACGAUCAGCAUGGCCGGGUGAAGAGCGUCCUGAUGAACAUCAAGAACAUUGAUGUCUUCCGCCUCGAACUGGACUACGAUCUGCGCAAUCGCAUCAAGUCACAGAAGACAACCUUUGGCCGGUCGACAGCCUUCGACAAGAUCAACUACAACGCCGAUGGCCAUGUCAUCGAAGUGUUGGGCACCAACAACUGGAAGUAUCUGUACGAUGAGAAUGGCAACACAGUGGGAGUGGUCGAUCAGGGAGAGAAAUUCAAUCUGGGCUAUGACAUUGGUGACCGCGUCAUCAAGGUGGGCGAGGUGGAGUUCAACAACUACGAUGCCCGAGGCUUUGUGGUGCGACGCGGCGAGCAAAAGUAUCGCUACAACAAUCGCGGCCAGCUGAUUCAUGCCUUCGAACGGGAACGCUUCCAGAGCUGGUACUACUACGACGAUCGCAGUCGUCUGGUGGCCUGGCACGACAGCAAGGGCAAUGUGACCCAGUACUACUAUGCCAAUCCGAAGACACCCCAUUUGGUCACCCAUGUGCACUUCCCCAAGCAGAGCAAGACCAUGAAAUUCUACUACGACGAUCGGGACAUGUUGAUCGCCCUGGAGCAUGCCGAACAGAGAUAUUAUGUGGCCACCGAUCAGAAUGGUUCGCCCUUGGCGUUCUUCGACAUGAACGGAGCCAUUGUCAAGGAACUGAAGCGUACACCAUUCGGCAGGAUUAUCAAGGACACGAAGCCAGACUUCUUUGUGCCCAUCGAUUUCCAUGGCGGUCUGAUUGAUCCACACACCAAAUUGGUCUACACCGAGCAGAGGCAAUACGAUCCGAAUGUUGGGCAAUGGAUGACCCCCCUGUGGGAGACUUUGGCCACCGAAAUGUCCAAUCCGACGGAUGUCUUUAUCUACAGAUACCACAACAAUGAUCCCAUCAAUCCCAACAAGCCGCAGAACUAUAUGAUCGAUCUGGAUGCCUGGCUGCAGCUCUUUGGCUACGAUCUGAACAACAUGCAGAGCACCAAGUACACCAAAUUGGCUCAAUACACGCCGCAGGCAUCGAUCAAAUCGAACACACUGGCUCCCGACUUUGGUGUCAUCUCGGGUCUGGAAUGCAUUGUGGAGAAGACGAGCGAGAAGUUCAGCGAUUUCGAUUUCGUGCCCAAGCCCCUUCUCAAGAUGGAGCCCAAGAUGAGGAAUCUGUUGCCACGAGUUAGCUACCGUCGAGGAGUGUUUGGCGAGGGCGUGCUCCUGUCCCGCAUCGGAGGUCGUGCCCUGGUCAGUGUGGUCGAUGGCUCGAACAGUGUGGUCCAGGAUGUGGUCAGCAGUGUGUUCAACAACUCGUAUUUCCUGGAUCUGCACUUUAGUAUCCACGAUCAGGAUGUCUUCUAUUUCGUCAAGGACAAUGUUCUGAAGCUGCGCGACGAUAAUGAGGAACUGCGUCGUCUGGGCGGCAUGUUUAACAUAUCAACGCACGAGAUUAGCGAUCAUGGUGGCAGUGCGGCCAAGGAGUUGCGCCUCCAUGGCCCCGAUGCAGUGGUGAUCAUCAAAUAUGGUGUAGAUCCCGAGCAAGAGAGACACCGCAUCCUGAAGCAUGCCCACAAACGGGCCGUGGAACGGGCCUGGGAGCUGGAGAAGCAAUUGGUGGCAGCUGGCUUCCAAGGACGCGGCGACUGGACCGAAGAGGAGAAGGAGGAACUUGUCCAGCAUGGCGAUGUGGACGGCUGGAUUGGCAUCGAUAUACACAGCAUACACAAGUAUCCCCAACUGGCCGAUGAUCCUGGCAAUGUGGCCUUUCAGCGGGAUGCCAAGCGCAAGCGCCGCAAGACCGGCAACAGUCAUCGGGUCAACUCAUCGCGCAGACAGCUCAAGUUCACCGAAUUGAAUGCGUGAGUGGAGCCGGACCCGGACCUGGAUAAUGGGGCAUACAAUGAAGAGGAAGUCGUCGGGGAUGAGGAGGAUGAAGACUAUGGCGAAAUGGAGGACUACUUGAUAGCCGUGGGUAAGCAGAAGCAGAAGCAGCAGCAGCAGCAGCUAUUUAGCACGAGCAGCAGCCGCAUCGAGCAGCAGGAUCAGCCCAAGGAGCUGGUCUUGUAAUUAGGUGAAAACAACAACAAGAAAAACAACCACAAUGAUCAACACUAAUUAAUAUAAACUUUAAUCAAGCUUAAAGUUUAGUAUUAGUAUCUAAACUCUCGAGUCUGUGUGUUUGUUGCAAUUUUCCUUUGACUGUGCGCGUCUGUACGUUUUUUUUGUUGUGUGUACUGUUUUUUUUUUUUUUUGUAUUAGGCAUAUGUUUAGUCCAUGUGUGUGUAAUAGUUAAUGUAAAACCUUUUAACAAAUCGAAUGAACAAAUAAGAUAUAUAUAUAUAUAUAUAUAUAUACAUAGAUAUAUAUUUGAUGCUACACUAAGCUGUAAGAGAACUAAGCACACGAACAAAUAAAUUUCCAUUGGGCAUCGAUUCGAGAUUGAAUGUGUAGAGGGGUGGGGGGCCCACCCCCCAUCCCCUCGCCGCACGCCCCAUGCCCCAUA